GUGCUAGGAACCCUCGCUCUGUCUUCUGUGCCUCCUCGGCCUGGGUGCCGGCUCUCGCCGCGCUCGAGGAGCCCUCCAGCCCGCCGCUGCGCUAUGAGGUCGCCUCUCCGGGGCUGGUCCCGGCCGGAGCCGGCUUGCUCAGCUUGCGGGGAAGUGUGAAGAGAGAGGCGCGGGCGGGAAGCUGGGCUGCGCGCGGCGCUCGCGGGCCAGCGCGGGUUCCAGGUGAGCGCGGGCUCGGCGCCCCCGGCACUCGGCGCAGCCGGCAGGCACCUGACUGGCUGAAUUCCGCGAGUGGAUCGCCCUUCCCUCUUCGUGGGAUCUCUGACCACGAUAGCAGAUGCAUUUUGUAGGAGUAUUUUGAGGAUGAAUGUUUGCAAAUCAUUUUGAAAUUGCCAAGUGCCACAUACAUGGGAUGCAUCCUGCUUUCAUCUUGGAGUUCACCCCUGUGGCUUGGAUCUAUCCCAGUUGUGUCUGUCUUCGAUCUCUGUGUUAACUAGAAAUCAAGGAAAGACAUGAGGAGGUUUGUUUACUGCAAGGUGGUUCUAGCCACUUCUCUGAUGUGGGUUCUUGUUGAUGUCUUCUUACUCCUGUACUUCAGUGAAUGUAACAAAUGUGAUGACAAGAAGGAGAGAUCCCUGCUACCUGCACUCAGGGCUGUUAUUUCAAGAAACCAAGAAGGGCCAGGAGAAAUGGGAAAGGCUGUGCUGAUUCCUAAAGAUGACCAGGAGAAAAUGAAAGAACUGUUUAAAAUCAAUCAGUUUAACCUUAUGGCCAGUGAUUUGAUUGCCCUUAACAGAAGUCUGCCGGAUGUAAGAUUAGAAGGAUGCAAGACAAAGGUCUACCCUGAUGAACUUCCAAACACGAGUGUAGUCAUUGUAUUUCAUAAUGAAGCUUGGAGCACCCUCCUUAGAACUGUUUACAGUGUUAUAAAUCGUUCCCCACACUAUCUACUCUCUGAGGUCAUCUUGGUAGAUGAUGCCAGUGAAAGAGAUUUUCUCAAGUUGACAUUAGAGAAUUAUGUGAAAAAUUUAGAAGUGCCAGUAAAAAUUAUUAGAAUGGAAGAACGUUCUGGCUUAAUACGGGCCCGCCUUCGAGGAGCAGCUGCUUCCAAAGGGCAGGUCAUAACUUUUCUCGAUGCUCACUGUGAGUGCACGUUAGGAUGGCUGGAACCCUUGCUGGCAAGAAUAAAGGAAGACAGGAAAACAGUUGUAUGCCCUAUCAUUGAUGUGAUCAGUGAUGAUACCUUUGAAUAUAUGGCUGGGUCAGACAUGACUUAUGGAGGUUUUAACUGGAAACUGAAUUUCCGUUGGUAUCCUGUUCCCCAAAGGGAAAUGGAUAGGAGGAAAGGAGACAGAACGUUACCUGUCAGGACCCCUACUAUGGCUGGUGGCCUAUUUUCUAUUGACAGAAACUACUUUGAAGAGAUAGGAACUUACGAUGCAGGAAUGGAUAUCUGGGGUGGAGAGAAUCUUGAAAUGUCUUUUAGGAUUUGGCAAUGUGGAGGCUCAUUGGAGAUUGUGACAUGCUCCCAUGUUGGCCACGUUUUUCGGAAGGCAACCCCAUACACUUUCCCUGGUGGCACUGGUCAUGUCAUCAACAAAAACAACAGGAGGUUAGCAGAAGUUUGGAUGGAUGAAUUUAAAGAUUUCUUCUAUAUCAUAUCCCCAGGUGUUGUCAAAGUGGAUUAUGGAGAUGUGUCAGUCAGAAAAACACUAAGAGAAAAUCUAAAGUGUAAGCCCUUUUCUUGGUACCUUGAAAACAUCUAUCCGGACUCCCAGAUCCCAAGACGUUAUUACUCACUUGGAGAGAUAAGAAAUGUUGAAACUAAUCAAUGUUUAGACAACAUGGGCCGCAAGGAAAAUGAAAAAGUGGGUAUAUUCAACUGUCAUGGUAUGGGAGGAAAUCAGGUAUUUUCUUAUACUGCUGACAAAGAAAUUCGAACCGAUGACUUGUGCUUGGAUGUUUCUAGACUCAAUGGCCCUGUAAUCAUGUUAAAAUGCCACCAUAUGAGAGGAAAUCAGUUAUGGGAAUAUGAUGCUGAGAGACUCACCUUGAGACAUGUUAACAGUAAUCAAUGUCUAGAUGAACCUUCUGAAGAAGACAAAAUGGUGCCUACCAUGCAGGACUGUAGUGGAAGCAGAUCUCAACAGUGGCUGCUAAGGAACAUGACUCUGGGGGCAUGAAGACCAUCUCCCCUAAGCCAUGAAAGUGUCUACACUUAUGUGUUUCCAUUAUUUCAAUUAGGGAAAAAUAUUAACUUUGCUGAAUUGAAAGUUUUAAAAUCCUUUUAGUAUUCUAAAAUGCAGCUGUUUAUAAUUCAUUUUUAGGAAUGUUUGCUUAUUUCCCUACUAAAAUUUGUAUCCAAUUAAAAAGCACAUAAAAAGAAUAACAGUAAACUGUUAUUAAACAUCAAAA